AACAAGAGAAUGGCCUAAAGGCCAUAAACACCAAAAAAAAAAAAAUAACAAGAGAAAAGUCCGAUUUGUUGAUGAAAAACAGAAUUCAAUAAUCAAUUUUAAUAAAGCUAUAGAAAACAGCAAUGGCCUUAAGUGAAGGUGAAGUUUGUAGAAUUUGUUUAAGCGUUAAUAUACGCAUGUUUGCACUAAAGGAGACUGGCCUCCAAAAUUUGUAUAAGACAUUGACGAACAGUUUUUCAAUACCAGAACCGCAUAAGGUUAGAGGUGAGAUUAAAUUCACACCAAUUUAUCAUAUAGACAUCUGGCCUGUAGAGUGUGAUAUAGACAAUGAUUGCAAGUACGAAAUUUUUUGCCUUGAUGCCGUUAAAGUUGAGGAGGAGAUUUUCGAAUAUGAGAAUUCCAAAUUGGAAGUAAAUGAGAAUCAUGAAACAGGUAAGAUAUACCCCUUGUUCGCGCCAAACACUUUCAAGGAACGAACGCGAGAGGGCGUGCGGCUCAGUGUCAUACCGGUUUGACAUUCGGUCGUGCGUAAAACGCCCAAGGGCUGUCAGUCGUCCAUAAGCGGUGCUAACGAUUGGCACGCUGUAUUCUGUUAGGGAACUCGGAAUAAUUCGGCGCGGCCAGUAAAUAUACGGUCUAUCAUUGUGACGCGCAUUCCUGCUGGAGAGCUUCCCAGAGACUCAUUGUGUUCGACUCAGAAUCGGCAUAAGUGCAUUGGGCAAUAUUAGCUAGUGCGGCUUCACGAUAUUCUAGAAAUAACUGUUGCAACGCGAAACGGUAGUGACCUUUAAUAAAUUGUAAACUCCGUGUGCGUUUUGUGUGUUAACCUUAUAACCAGCGAUAGUUAGUGGCUUCUGUAAGUUAGUAAAUCGUACGAUAGAGUUAAUUGACUGUCAUCGUGACGAAAGAAGAAAGUGACUGUGGACAACCUCGAAAGGCGCCCUCAAGUUGGAGCGGUGUCGACGCUCGGGCUGCUGCCGACGGCCAAGGUCUAGGUUCAAUAACCAUCAGUCACACCCAGAUACACACCACAUCACCAUUCUUUUCUUGCACUACACAACCACAUGCGACCUGACCGACUCCGGAGGGACCAGUCGCCUUGGACAGGUAAGUAAGCUUCAUCCAAAUUCCUUCCGGUCGACUGGCCGUAGUACCGUUGGGGCCCGACCUGCGUCUGUUCGAGAAAUCAUCAGCUCAUGGGCCCCUGAAGAUUGGAUCCUUUAAGGGAGCAGCCGUAGGCCGUAACACCCCUUUUUUGAUAUUACUAAAAUAAGGUACAAUUUACCUUAUGGCAAGUGGUUACUGUAGCCCGUAGACACAAAAUAAAGAGGGCUUCAUGUGUAAUGUACUGAUUCACUGAUUUUCCUUUGUCUAAAUUCAAAGUGCAUGUCAAAAGCACUCUUAUUAAUACAUUAAGAAAUAUUUUUACCCUGUCAGCUAGUAUGUAUGUCACUAAGAUACAUACUGGUAAGCAACCAAUUAUCUUUGCCAUCUUCUUAGCGUCAGUACUAGGUGGUGUGACUCCAUGUUUGCCUAGGAGUUGAUCUAAUUGUGCCUGCCCAGACGGACUCCUCCCUCCUCCUCUUACCUAUUUCUGCCGUCAAAUAGCAGUGCAUGCACUGCUGUGUUCCAUUCUGAUGGGUAUAGAGUCAGAAUAAUCACAGGCUGUGGGUCAUUCCAUUUUAGUUGUGGUAGAGCCAUGCUGCAGCUAUAUUAGUAGUAUAGUUAUAGCACGAAUGGGUCGGCUCGACCGGGGAAGGACCAUGCUCUCACAGAAUACCAGUGUAAAAUAGCAGCUUAACACUGCUGUGUUUCGUAUGGUGAUUGUAGAGAACUGGAUUCCUUUUUUACUGGAAAAGAGGGAUUCCAUCGUAGUCCUCAUGGGUGACAAUGCAUCUGCAUUUUGAUUCUUUAUUGAGGACAGAUGUAGAUGUCUAUGGGUCACAGCGACCAUUUAUCAUCGUGUGGACUGUGUGCUCGUUUGUCACCCUAUCCUAUAAAAAUUAAAAUGAAAAGAUGAGCGCAUUGCAUCAUUAGAUCUUCAUCAUUACAGCCUUCACAAGUCCACUGCUGAACAUAGGUCUCACCCACGGAAUGCCACAAUGCACAGGAAUCCAUCGCGUUCCUGCAUUUCUUAUAACCAAGUAUGUUUUCAAAAAGGUUCUAACAAUAAAUUAAAGUACCAUCAGUUUUUUUUAACGUAGUGUCAAAAAUGUUUAUUAUUUAAAAUGUUAAUUAUGUUUCUUUAAAUCGUAGAAAAUUUUCGUGAACUUAGUGUCUGUACAAAAAUAUGUCUGAUGACACAGAUACUGAGACUAUGUGUUCUUAGAUUUCUUAUUCAUUACUUAAAUUAAAAAAAAAACGGACGUUAGUUAAAUUGGCAAUUAUUAGCAAUUAACUGUAAAAAUUUUAGUUUUAUCACC